GUUUUUCUGCCAUCUGCCUGAUCACGUAUUCUGAUCCUUCCCUUUACCUGGAGAUCUGUAUAAUUCUGAAAAAGUGGAGCAAAGGAAUAGAACUUUGUCUUAAAAGGCUCAGGAGUGCAGUGGGGUAACUAUGGCUACCAGUGGCAGCAGUACUACUCGGGUCACCUUCCUGGAUCUGGGAAAACAAGAGGAACUUGAGGAAGAUGUGACACACAAGAAGCUGGGGAAGCUCACAGUGAAAUAUAAUCGUAAAGAACUACAGCGCCGGAUUAAACUGGAGGAGUGGAUUGAUACCCAUAUUCAGGAGCUUUACCAAAGUCAGGAUUUGCUGAGGGAUGAAGCUGCAGAACCUGAGAUUGAUAUUGAUGAUCUUUUGGACCUUUCAUUGGAGGAGCAAAAAACUGGACUUCAGGAUAUCCUUCAAGAGUGUCCCAGACCUACAGAAGAAUUCACAAUGGAGCUGCUGGAGCGCCUAAAAGGAUUACGGAAGAUAUCGGCCCUACAACGCAAAUAACUCACUCAGAGCAAACCGUUCAGUUCAGGACUCAUCUUUUCAGCACAGAGCAGCUUACAAUUGGUGCUGUCUAAUUGAAGCACUGGUGAGCAGGGUUACUUGUUCUGGACUACUGCUUUCGUUCUGGUAUUUUGAGAUCAGCAAUUAUAUUUUAAGGUACUGUACACCAGAAAUUGAUGUACCAAAACACCAAGAAAUAUACAGUAUAUUAAUAAGGUUUUUUUUAGACCAGUGUUAUGGUACUGUAUUGCACCAGUGAGUUCACUAAAGUUAUAUAUGGCUAUUUAUGUUCAAAGAGUGCUAGAGGUAAGAGAAAUGCUUGGGAUGAAGGACACAAGCCAGAAAGCCAUUAUCUUGCAACUCCAGGCACCGGCUCUGUUCAUCCAAGUUACCUGCCAUGAUUUUAGUGGCCCUGCUUAGUGACACAGAACUGCUCCACAAUUUGGGGAAAUAAACUUUCUCUGCUUCUAAUUCAUGCUACAGUGUAGUCGGAAGGGCAACUUACAUAGUCAUUUAAAAAAAAAUGUGCAUAACAUGGCCCAAAUAGUGCAAAUGUAUUGCAAGUUUGCAACCCAUAAUAACCGAUGAUCCAGGGCAAUAUCUAGGGGUAGGUAAGGGCAAGUUGUGUCGCCACCCAAGGUGCAGGGUAUAAAGGUUGGCUGUCGCUGCUCCAUGGCAGCCUGGAACAGCACCCUGCAACCUAGAAAGGCACCAUCUGGAGGAUCCCAAGGACUCUCUGGGAGCUCAGCCGCCUAAUUGUGAUCCUUCCCCCUAACUGUGAUGUCAUGAUGUCACACAUCCAGGGAACGGGGCCAUUACAGGGCACCCUAUUGACUUGCUAUGGUCCUGCUAUGAUAUAUGUGGUUCAUUUUAAAUUACUCUAGAUUAAAUAGUAUUUGUGUAAAGUAUACAAAUGUAUUAAACAAUUAUAUGAAAAUGUAAUAAUCUAAUCUGACCGAAAUUAUGCAAAUGUCCGAUAUAGAUAUCUCAGAAAAGGAUUUGUUAUGCUUCAUACUUAAAAAAUAUUUUAAUUGUUGCAUGAUUGCAUUCCAAAGAUCAUGUUGUUAAGUUCAAUACCCUUUUUUUACCUAACAUGAUGUUGGAAUUGUCUUUAUUAUGAGGCCUGCGUUACUUUUGGGCUCACUUGAGUUUUAAAUCCAAAAAUACUGAUCAGUCGGACAUGCCAAAUGAUCCAGUAUGUUCAUUUGAUGCAAUAUUUUAAAUUUACAAGUUGACAACAUCUGGCGGUAUAUGAUGGACAGUUUACCUGUCCCUUCACAGAGGAGGAAUGGGAAAAUGCCUCCUCCCCAGGGGAGGAACCCAGAUGUCAUGUGACCAUACACUAUGAGAUAUCUCACAGUGUGGAGUAAAUGUAUGUAGCAGUGAUAAGAGUGGAGGAGUGAGCCAGUGGAGAAGUUGCCCAUGGCAACCAAUCAGCAUUGAAGUAACAUUUAUAAUUUGCAUACUACAAAAUUAUACAGAACAGCUGAAUGGUUGGCAUGGGCAACUUCUCCACUUUUAUCACUGCUUCAUAUAUUUACCUCAACUGUAUGCCCAUGUUAUCCGAUGGGUGUCAGGCUGUCCUAUAAAAUGUCUGUCAGUCUAAUUCUGAGUACACACUAAACGACAUAAAUACACAGCGACAGAACAAUACAUUGUGCCGUCUGUACACACUGCACAAUGCAGUGGACAACAGGCAUGAUGUACCAUUCCAUGCUGCUACAUCGUUUAUUGCAUCGUCCCAUCUGUUGUGCAGCAUAGCAGAUAGGAUGAUAAAAUGAAUGUUGGCAGGCACGCACGAUCGGCUGUACACAUUAUACCAACUGCACGAUAUAUCGUUUCGAUCCGCAUUGCAACAAUAUAUCAUAAAACAGAAUGCUUAGUGUGUAUCCAUCAUAACAGGUAUUUUAUCUUACCAUGUACAGUAUCUCCAGCAUAAAGAGUACAGGAGCAGUUUGGCAUUGACAAAUGGAUGUGAUCAGUGGGUUUGCGGUUAAAAUACCGCCAUCGGGAUCCCGGCGGUCGCAAUACCAACGCCGUAAUCCCAACAGGGGUACUAUCCCGUCGUCAGAAUACCGCCAAGGUAGGUGAUUCUCCCUCUGUGGGUGUCCACAACACCCAUACAAGGAGACUAACACCUGUGGCCUUGAUGCACUCACCCUGUUGCUGGCAUUCUGGCGCCCAGGGUGCCGAUGUCGGUAUAAUGACAUUCUGCAUCCCGUAUGCCGGGAUCCCAUACCCGAUAAAUGUGAAUUGGUUCACAAUAUAUUACUAAGGAAUACAUAUGGGAGACUGGCAGACGGGAUGCCGGCUGUAACUAUACCGACAGCGGCAUCCAUCACCCGGAAUCCUGGCUGUGAGUCCCCUCAUGAUCUCGCUGCGCUCGAUACGUUUCAAUGUUACUUUUAACAGGGGCUGAUUUUGGGGGAAUGUUUGGUAGGUGUUUCAGUGAGCAAGUCAACUGUUUCGGGGCAACAGUAUCUGCUGUGAUGUCAUGGAACCUACGAGAACUCUCCAGUGUAUCACGUUGCAAUGCAAACUGCUCAUCACACCUCGCUAUGCACGUCUGCAAGUUUAGCUGUGGAAAGAGUGAUGCCAAUGUACUACCGAGCAGUGGAGAAGGAUGAUACGGCCACAUGAAUCAGCAGACGUACAUUGACAGGCGCAUGUGUGACAUCAAGCAGAUCACCUGUACAAAAAGCCAGAUGUGACGAUAUAUCUGUAGACAUUGUUCACAGACAUAUUGGGGGUACACAACCACCGAUGGGUUCGUGAUAUAUUGGCCGUGCGAUUGAACGGCCGUUGUAUUGCCCAGCUAUACUUGACAAAGGUGAGAGGUCACGUGGAAGAGUGAUGUGGCAUUUACCAGAGUUUACACUUUUAUUUACCUUCACAUGUAGGAGCAAGCAUUUAUUUUGUGAAAUUAGAACUGUUGUUAUUAGUACGGUCUUAUUUUAUCACACAGAACUGCAGACUUCUGGUAAAUAGAACUAAAGCCAAAAUCGCUGAGUAAUAAGGAAGUAUUUCUGCUGCCUCUAAUUGCAGGAAAUAGUCACAGCUGGCUAUAUAUGUCUCAGUCCUACAUAAUGAAUGUUUUGUCUCCGUGACCUGAGCGAUGACUCAGUUUAUACGGAAUAGCAGCCUUGAAACUAAUACUGUAGGUGUAUCUUGCCAAACAGGUCCAUGGGAGCACUGUAUGCAAUGACACAGACACGUCUCUACAGGCCUUAAGGAAAACACAAAACAAAGAUAUCUCAUUAGUACUAUAAACUCAUUAUACCGAGUAACAUUUAUUUAAAAAGACUGCAUGUAUACAGAUGUGUCCUCAUACAUCUUGCCUCAAUACACCACACAGCGGUGCAACUCUCUUAGCACCAGGCAUCUUUUUAUGCCGAAAGGCAUCUUAUUCGCAUUGCCAUGCUAUGUCUCCGCUCCAGACCUCUCAUUACUCUGGAAAUGCUUUAGGGGAUAUCCAGUUACCCAUGGUACAUUACUGUGGGUAAUGAUAAUCGCCCGGGGCUAUUCUAUUAGCCCCGAUAAGGAGGCUCGAGCUGUGGCUUAUCAGGGAUUGUGUCACCUGCCUUCAUUGGCAUCAGCUCUUCGACAGCUCCGGCUCCUUACAGCUCCGGGGAAGAGGGGUGGAUGUGGGCUCCCGGGCACCCUCCCUGCCAUCCCCAGGCAGGCGGAAAAAAAAAUUCCUGAUAAGUGCCGGCUUUACGGGUCUGCAGUAGCGAAAACACAAAAAGGUUUCACAAACCUGUGUGCUUUCACAUGAAAUGUUUUUCUUUUUUUAUGGGAGAUCUAAUCGGAUACCACAUUAAAAAAAAUAUCAGUGAAAAAUCGCAAACAAAAACCUCCUGUUUUUCGCUCCCGAUGUUUCAUCGCACAUAUUUGGAUACUCCCCUUUGUCUUAGACAUCCUCUCCAUCCAUGCAAGCUGUUAUUUUUUUAUGCAAUAGAAGUUUUAUUGAUCAUCAAAGGCAUUAACACAGGGUGGGGGACACACACUAAGCAAGGUACCAUCAAUAAUAUACUGGCCUAUAGCUGAAAAUAGAACAUAGACACUUGAACAAGACAAAAUACUGUUUAGGUACCAAUUCACAGGGUAAACAGUAAAUUUUAUUGUACGUAAAAGAAAAAAUAAGAAAGAAGUAGAACAGGGCGAGGGAAAGAAUAGGAAAGAGGGGAAAGGAAGUUCCCCGAGCAGGACUCAUAGCGAGUAAUGUAACAUACAUUUUGAUUAAUCGACCAUCAUGAAAAAGAUCAGAGUAAUGUUAAGACUCUGAACAAGAGCCAGGGUCUCCAAAUGGUGCUGAACUCUUCAAGUUUAGCAGCUCCAGACAAUGCGAGAUCAUUGAGAGCCAUUAUGUUAUGCUGGAAGGGGCUGAAGACCUCCAGUGUACUGGUAUGACAGCUGUAGCUACAUUAUUAGAUUAGUAGAUGGAAUCCCCCCAAGUGCCUCCAUCAAUAAACGACCAAUUCCUAGCGCUGUGAUUUAUACAAAUGUGUAUGCAGCUCUCUCAGGGGCAAUUGGUACGUAUGAAGUAGAUUAUAUAUAUAUAUAUAUAUAUAUAUAUAUAUAUAUAUAUAUAUAUAUAUAUGUCCAUGCAAAUUCGUGUUCAAAAGUAUUAUUAAUUUAUUGUUUUAGUGUGAUUGUGAUUUUAUGGUGUAUUUUUGUCAUU